AUGUUCGCCUUAUUACUUCUCAUUCUGGCGGCCGGAUACCUUACAUGGAGCCUCGUUUGCCUUGAGCUCAAUUACAGGCGCGCCAGAGCUAUUGGUAUCCCCCUCUUCCGCCUUCCAAUUGAUCCACUUAAUAUUCUAUUCCAGAUUUUUGAGUCUCAUGUUUGGGAAGUGCUCGACCGUUUGCCGGUUAAGGGAGUCCUGCCACAAUGGACGACGUAUGCUCGCCGAGGUUGGUUCUUCGAAGACAAGGCAGACACUUUUUUGCGUUUAGGGAAGGUAUGGGCCAUCGUCACACCCGUUGGUAUCUACAUUCAACUCGCCGAUCCAGAAGCUAUCGGUGAUGUUCUGUCUAGACGGAUGGAUUUCCCUAGACCAACAGAACCCUACAAAAUCCUCGAAGUCUUCGGACCUUGCAUCUCGACCGCGGAAGCGGAAAAUUGGGCUCGUCAUCGUAAAGUCCUCGCUGCGCCGUUCAACAAAAGUAUCAUGAGCUUUGUCUGGUCAGAAUCACUUCAGCAAGCUCAAGACCUCAUCGAAGCUUGGACAAAAGAUAAAGUCCACAGUUUUUCGAAGGACACUCGAACUCUAUCGCUGAAUGUUCUUGCUGCAGAGGGAUUCAACAAGCCCUUCAAUUUUCGUCACUGGAAGGGAAACGAAAAACACAGCGACGCUAAACUUUCAUACCGUGAUGCGCUGCAGAUCAUCCUUGACAAUGCCUUAUUGCUACUGGUUCUGCGUCCUAAAUUGCUGUCCUCUCGCUUCCUUCCACAAUCGUGGCAGCGGGUUGGAAAAGCAGCAGCCGCUUUUCAAGGCUACAUGCGGCAGAUGCUCGACGAAGAGAUGCAGUCACUGAACCAGGGCGCGAAAGGGUCGGGUAGCCUGAUGACAUCGUUGGUCAGAGCUGGAGAUGCUUAUUCUACGGGCCGUUCAGGUGUGAACGAUCGUACAAAGGGUCUCUCGGUCGACGAGAUAUUCGGUAACAUCUUCGUCAUCAACUUUGCGGGGCACGAUACGACAGCCAACACACUCGCCUUCGCCAUACUCCUCCUUGCUGCUCAUCCCGAGGUCCAAACCUGGCUUACACAGGAGGCCAGAUAUGUUUGCAAAGACACGAAGCCAGAGACAUGGCAAUAUAACGAAUUGUUCCCAAGGCUUGUGAGAUGCCAGGCAGUCAUGCAAAUGUGCAAGUGCAUAGCUGCAUUCAUGCGACGCACUACCAUCCGGAUCACUACCCAGACCCGUUUCGCUUCAAGCCAUCGCGAUGGGUUGAGAAGCGUACAGCAAGUGCUGGAGAAACACUGGUCACUCCACGAAAGGGCGCAUAUCUUGCAUGGGCUGACGGACCCCAAGUCUGUCCAGGGCUGA